GCUUUAACAAAAGACUCAGUAACCGUAACAGUUGAUGCUGCCGUUUAUUAUAGAAUUCAAGACCCAUUAAACGCCGUAGUUAAAGUUACCAAUUACAGUAAUUCAACGAGACUACUAGCAAUGACAACUUUAAGAAAUAUUUUAGGAACAAGAAGCUUAGCGGAAAUAUUAUCAGAUAGAGAAGCGAUUUCUCACGCGAUGCAGACCUCGUUAGAUGUUGCCACUGAACCAUGGGGUGUUAAAGUGGAAAGAGUUGAAAUUAAAGAUGUGAGUUUGCCUCAACAACUACAAAGAGCGAUGGCGGCCGAGGCUGAGGCAUCGAGAGAGGCUCGAGCGAAAGUUAUCGCCGCUGAAGGUGAAAUGAAAGCUUCGAGAGCUUUAAAAGAAGCUUCCGAUGUUAUAAAUGAAAGCCCUGCGGCUUUACAGCUAAGAUAUUUACAAACAUUAAACAACAUCUCCGCGGAAAAAAAUUCAACAAUUAUAUUUCCUUUACCCCUGGAUUUGUUGGCGCCUUUUUAUACGAAUAGAACUCAAAUUUUUUAAAUAUUACGAGCAAUCCCGUCUAUUUAGUUCUUAAGAUAUGAAAAAAACUUUAUU